ACAAAUUAGAGUUUAUUAGAGUGAAUUUGAUACAUAAAAUGAGAGUAAGAAAUAAAAAGUGUAGUGUGAGUGUGGAUGUAUAGAGUUGGUGAGGGAGGUGGACGGGGCCGCGCCUCGCUCCUUCUCGCCCUCCCUCCUCGCCACCAUGACGGCGGUUAAACCUCAAGCGAAGAAACCUGCAAAGCCUGCAAAACCUGAAAAGCCUCAGGCUAAGGCUGCAAAACCUGCAAAGCCUCAGGCUAAGGCUACAAGUAGUAAGAAACCCCAGAAGCCACAGGUCCAAAUAAAGAAGGGUAAAGUUGUCAAGUCGAAGGUUGGGAAGGGUCGACGUGGAAAGAAGCUGCAAUUGAAGUUCCACAUAGACUGUCGUCAACCCGUUGAAGAUGGUAUCAUGAAUGCUGCAGACUUUGAGACAUUCCUGCAGCAGCGUAUUAAGGUCAAUGGCAAGACCAACAAUUUCUCGAACCAGGUAUCUUUGGAACGCAACAAGCACAAGAUCACCCUUAAUGCUGAUGUUGCUUUCUCUAAAAGGUAUCUAAAGUACCUUACCAAAAAGUAUCUCAAGAAGAAUAAUCUCCGUGAUUGGCUGAGAGUGGUAGCACCCCCAACUGCCAAGGACUCUUAUGAACUCAGAUACUUCCAGAUCAACAAUGAGGAAGAUGAUGAUGAUGAUGGUGACGAGUAAUUCACAGCUCAAUAAAAAUGUGGAUCCUU